AUGGUGGAACUCUCCCUGGAGCCCAGAGCCGUGAAACUUGCCGUGGGCACCUCCAUCCUCUCGGGGUUGUUGGCCCUGAGGUGGCUUCUGCAGCCGAAACAAAAGAGUUUCCGUAAAGUGCCAGGCGUUUGGUUCCUGGGCGUCUUGCCGCAGUUAGGUCCAGGUGGUGAAAAUGCCGGUAUAAAGUUUGACGAAUUCGCCGACAAGUACGGUCAGGAGGGUGUCUUUGAAAUGGUCCUCACUGGAUCUCGCAUGGUUUGUCUGAACUCCUGGCCUUUGAUCUCCAAAAUCUUGGACAUGCGACCCUUCAAAGCGGUGAAACCAGGCUCCUUGGAACACGCUGCUAAAGGCAUGGUGCAGGGCGUCUUCUUUUCUGAGGGCGAACAAUGGAAACGCGAACGGCGUUUGAUUUCACCAGCUUUCAAUGCCAAGAGCGUGGCCAGCUAUGUUCCGGCCAUGACACGCACGACGCAGACGUUGCUGCGAACGCUGCGACGUGAUGCGGAGAAGGGUGAUGUCAACUUCACGGAGCUUUUGCCUCUCUACACUGCGGAUGUGCUGUGUGCUACUGCUUUUGGCAAAGAUCUGGGCAUGUUGGAGACCAGAAAGACAGAGCUUGUCCAAGAUGUCAAGACGAUGCUGGGAGCCCUGAGCAUCCGGUCCUUCGUGCAGAUCCCUUACUGGAAGAUUCCCAUCAUUGGCAGGUACUUGGAUGGUGGAAAUGCUGCAACAGAUCGGCUGGGUCAUACCGUGAAGGCCUUGAUGAAUGAACAAGCUGGACAAGGAGCAACGGUCGUCGAGAAGCUUCGGCAGAUGGACGGAGACAAGCUGUCCCACCAGGAUUUGGUGGGAAAUUUGAUCGUGCUGUUUGGAGCAGGCACUGAUACGACCAGCGUGGCCUUGAGUUGGGCUUUCUAUCACUUGGCACGUGACCAGCAGCUGCAGCAGAUCGUGGCUGAUGAGGUGAAGGAUCUACCGGAGGAGGUGAGCCCACAGCACUUGGACUCUUUGCUGCAGGUGCAUGCUCUGUGGCUUGAAGUCUUGCGUUUCAACGGCCCUGCACCCUUCGAGAUUACGGAAACGCGUGAAGAAGUAGAGAUUGACGGCAGAGUUGUAAAGCCAGGUGCAGAAGUGUUGUUGUGCUAUCGGCAUGUCCUGAAGAACGCGCCGGAACUGAAAGCAAAACUCGGAGAUGAUCUACACGCAUUCCGACCAUCGCGUUGGCUUGGUCCAGAGGGCAUUGUGAAGUGUCCACCAUUCGAUUCCUUGCCGUUUGGUCAUGGUGCUCGUGUUUGCUUGGGGAAGCAACUGGCAGACUACGAGGGGCGCUUGGUGAUUGCACAGGUUGUCCGACAUUUUGUCCUGGAAAAGUGGCAAGGGCCUCCGUUGAGGGAGAAAACGUCCUUUGUGGUCUUGCCCGCAGAGGAUGUCAAAAUCAGCUUGAAACCUAGACCGAAUGCCAAGUGA